ACGACCACCACUCCCACCAAAACCACUGCGACGUCUACUACUGCCACCCCCACCCCAACCACCAUCAAAACGUCUACCACUGCCACCCCCACCCCAACCACUACGACAACCACUACUAUUGCCACCACAACAACCACAACAAUGACUACUACUAUCACUCCCACUCCAACCCCUACGACGACUACUACUGCCACCCCCACCCCAACCACUACGAUAAAGACCACUACUGCUACCCCAACCCCAACCACUACGGCAACAACUACUAUCACUACCACCCAGAGUACUACCACUGCAACAACAACUUCUACAAGCACCGAGACAGGACUUGAUAUGGAAAUGUCAGUUGAAUUAGACAGAGAGUUUACACCAGACUUAAAUAACAAACAGAGUGCUGCAUACAAUGACCUUAAAACAAGGAUUGAGAAAGUGUUGACAAGCCAGUACAAAAGUAUGAGUGGAUUUAUCAGUGCAUUUAUUACUGGAUUCAGACCGGGUAGCAUUAUUGCAGACUUUGUUGUACGGACUACAACAAUUGACGCAACACAACUUACUGAGGCAAAUGAAAAGCUCAAAGAAGCUAUGACCCCAAUUGGCAAAGUCAUUGGCUCAAUCGUAACAGAGUACAGAAGUCCAAAACAGAUUACCUAUUCAUCAUCCACUUUUACUGGAAAAAGCUUUAAACUGACAUGUGAAUUUGGUGACAUCAGCAUGGGAGAUAUUACAACCUCUGAGUGGAAAUUUAACGGGCUUGAAAUUAAGGAAGGAAGAUUAAAAACGGCUACUUCCCUGAAAGACUCAACACUUACAAUAACCAAUGUCAUUCUUGCUGAUAUUGGAAAAUAUGAAUGCACUCUGAAAGGUGCAGAUUUUUCUUUCUACCAGGAACACAUUGUGACAAGAGAAAACAUCAAAUCAGCUCCUGUUGUGCGAGUUCAGGAUGAAGUCAAUGUUCAGUGCCAAACCAACAAAAUAAAAAUUACAUGUUGUGUCCAGUCCCCUUUUAAGGUCGAAUGGUUUGAUGACAAGGAUCAAAUACUUUCUGGAAAAUGGAAACUUGUUGAGGACACCUGUGUUGUAACCAAAAUAAGUGAAUUACAAAUUGAGUCACAGGGUCUGGUUCAAGAAAAGGUGAACGAUUUUGCAUCCAGUUUAAGCCAAACCGUCAAGGAAGAAAAAGAUGAAAUUUCAGACUCAUCUGAAACAAUAUCUACUAUUGUUGAAAUUGUAGAAACCAUUGCAAGUGUUUCCACUGAUGUCACCCAAGAAACUAUAGAGAAUGUCCUGGACACUGUUGAUGUCAUCAUUGGCGACGAUUCAAAAGAGUCCUGGGAUUUUCUCAAUGCAAAUGCAACAAAAAAUGCCAGUUCAGUAUUAUUGCGUUCACUGGAACAACUGUCUGAUAGACUGUCCAAUGGGACUUUUAAUUUUACCUCUACAUCUCAACGAAUCCAGCUAAGCAGAUCUGAGUUCAACAACUCUUUUUCAGAAAAUCUGAAUUCCAGUGUUUCCAUAAAAAUUCCAGACACGGGUCUCAAGCGUGUCUUCAUCACCACCAUCAUUCUUUCUACUCUAAACAACGUUAUGCCAACAAGGACCUCUACAUUCGAUGUCAACCUUCUAAAUUCUACCAGCAAUCAAAAUGACUCUGGUAAUGCCAUCAAUGCUGCAGUAGCUAUUGUCAGAUUAAGUCAAACUAUUAACAAUAUCAGCUUGACAUACACCACACUGAAUAGCAAUCUGAAAAAGGACAGACAGUGCGUCUUUUGGAAUUUUACCCUCCUGGAUGAACUGGGGGCUUGGGAUGACGAGGGCUGCAAAGUUGUUUCCCACACGCCGCAAAAGGUAACCUGCAACUGCAACCACCUGACGUCCUUCUCACUCCUAAUGUCAACGGAGAUACCCGACACGAUCAAAGACCUCUUGGAUAUUAUCACUUAUGUUGGCGUCGGAAUAUCCCUGGCAAGUUUAGUUAUAUGUCUCGCUAUUGAAGGAUACGUGUGGAAGGAAAUAACCAGGAAUAGUACGGCCCUGCUGCGCCACGUUUCCAUCGUCAACACUGCUCUGUGUCUGUUGAUCGCCGACAUCUGCUUCAUCAUUGCCGCCUUCGUUGCGAAGAACCCAGCCGAAAACCCAGGAAGCAACUACGAAGUUCCCGUCGGACAAUGCAGCGCGGCAACGUUUUUCAUGCACUUUUCCUACCUAGCCGUUUUCUUUUGGAUGCUGGCGUCGGGCCUUCUGCUGUUUUACCGAACAGUCAUGGUCUUCUCCCAGAUGUCCACGUCCACCAUGUUAGCCAUAGGCUUCACUUUGGGCUACGGUUGCCCACUGAUCAUCGCUGUCAUUACCGUUAUCGUCACGGCAAUUGAACAAAAUUAUAUCAGGAAAGAUUAUGCUUGCUGGCUAAACUGGGAGGAGUCAAAAGCCCUUCUGGCCAUGGUGAUACCUGCCUUAGCCAUAAUUUUCAUCAAUAUUAUGAUCAUAAUUGUGGUCUUGUUCAAAAUGCUUAGAAGAGGCAUUGGAGACAGUGCCCAGCCAGAUGAAAAACAUACACUGGUAGUCAUCAUAAGAUGUGUGGCCAUCUUGACUCCCUUAUUUGGAUUAACCUGGUCACUGGGAAUUGGAACCAUGAUAUCGCCAACAAAUACAGGCAUCCACAUCGCCUUUGCAUUCUUCAACUCACUACAGGGUUUCUUCAUUUUGGUGUUUGGGACACUGUUUGAUUCAAAGAUCCGGUCUCUCCUGUCAAGAAACGUACCUUCACUCAGCACUAGCUCUUAUGCAACAAGAAGCACAAGUGCUGGCAUUUCCUCUUUAAGUGGAACAAAUCUGAUAAGUUGGCUCCGUGGAAGAAGAUAUGCCUACCAUGUUUCACAGACUGCAACAUCAAAUAGCAACAGUGACUCUGUGGAGUCAUAUCACAGUAAUGCAUGAGACUCCUAAAGCAUAGACUUAGUGUCAUUAUGUGAUAUAUUCAUAUAAAUAAAUGAUCAAAUACAACUAAAUUAUUGGAGGUGCAAUGAUAAUAACUGGUGUAAAAGGAGUGUUGUAAAAGAUUGUUGUGAAUUAUUGUUUAAAGUCUCUUUUUCAGUCACUUUUUGCUUUCCUUGAUCUCUAAGGAACUUAAUAAUUAGCCUUUAAUGAGGCUAAUGUGCAGUAUUCUCCAGCCUAACUUCAAUUAACAAAGUUAUGUUCCAGAAAUAUCUACAACAUGUAAAACGUUAUCGCCAAAAUUAUGUCAGUUAAUUAAUUGUCAUUAUUUGCUUGUUAAUUGCUUUUGAUUAUAUUUAUUUUAUUAGUGCUCAUGAUCAGUAUGUAAUCUAAAUCCAUUUUUUUUUUUUUUUGUAUUUAAUGCAGCCUUCUCAAUUUUUUUAAAUAACUUAAAACAUUUGUAUUUUAAUAACUAACAAAUAUAUUUUGAUAUUUUAAUUGUGUAUUUAUUUUAAUUCUAUUUAAAGUAAUCAUGUGUGUCUGUAUGUGUAUGGAUGUAUGAUUCAUACAUAAGUUAAGUGAUAUUUUACUCAUGUGCACAAUGAUCUCCUACAGAUAAGAUUAGAUCUUCUCAAAUGGCUCAGUUUUUCAUUAAACUGCAGAAUUAUACACUCCACUUUAACAAUAAUUGUCUAAUUGUCAAUUCUAGCUGUGAUUUCACUUAAGCAUUUUGGAGAUAAGAGGAAGAUUGGGGUAGCUUUUUUCCCCCAGCCAGGGUCAACUUAAAUCGCUCUACUCAACUUUAAGAAAAUAGGGCCAGACAGUUUUUCCAGAAAGGAGGGUAACUGACGUAGGUAUUUAUGCGAAACAAAUGGAGAUAAACAGAUAAGGGGGAACAUUGAAAUACUACAAGUUUGUCCAGUUCUUACUUUCUGAAAGUGUAUUUGUAUUCAAGAAAUGUUGCCAAUCUACUAAAACAACACCCCGACCCAACCAACUGAUUAUGACACAGGUGGAUUUCUGCUUUGCUUUCCUCUCUAAUAAACCUAAAGUAUAUACAUGUUGGUCAUCUGAUUUUUAUUUACAUGCAGAAUUGUCUUGUGUUUUUUCGUGCCUAGCUUUACCGCAUUGACCUGUUCUGCCUACCUGUUCUGAUCGCGCUUUUGCCCUUCUCUGACCUCGGAUUCCCGCCUGCCUCUUAUGGGAUUUGUUUGCCUGUAUUAUUGAUAUUCUGGUUUUGACCCUGCCUGUUUUUGACCAAGUAAACGGAAUGUCCCUCUAAACUUGCCUGCCUCGCUGUCGUGCGUUUGGGUUCUCUGUUGCCAUGACCAGUGGUCGUGACAACGUGUUUACUGAAUGGAGGACAUUACCUCGGGAAAAUUAACUAAACAGCUGUUUAUUAAUUUCGGGAAUGAAUUUAGUUGUCAGAACGCUGG